ACAAAUGCCUUCGACAAGUUACAGACGAACGCAAACGCUCAGUUUAUUACUGAUGAAAACGCCAUUUUGAUUUUCUAUACUAAACUAAAAAAAUCGUGAACAAAUUAAUUACGUCUUUAAUUCUUGAAUUUUGAUAUAAGUUCAAGGGCUGCAUUGACCAAUUAUCGCCUCGAUAUGGAUAGAAUGCAUUGAUAACAGUGAAUAUCAAUAAUUGUGCAGUGAAAAUACCGAAUGAAUGUAACAUUCAAGUUGGUUAUUUUUUUGACUCGUAUUUUUUAAUCCCCCGAAACAAGAGUUGAAUAUAUAUAUAUAAAUAUAUAUAUAUAUAUUAUUUUUUUUCGCUCUCAUCAACACUGAGUGUGUGUAUAUGCUCUCGAAUUAUACAAUAUUGUUUAUCGAAUGACGUCAUUGAUGAAUUCAAGGUCCUAAGGAAAUUCAUUUUUUUGAGAUAAGUGAGAAAAUGUCCGUGCAACAAUUUUGUUUGCGCUGGAACAAUCAUCAGCCGAACUUUAUAUCAGUGUUUUCAUCACUUUUACAUAAUGAGGCUCUUGUUGACGUUACGCUAGCGGCUGAAGGAAGACAGCUGCAGGCCCAUAAAGUGGUGCUUUCGGCAUGCAGCUCAUACUUUCAGUCGCUGUUCACAACCAAUCCUUGCCAGCAUCCGAUAGUGAUAUUGAAAGAUGUCCAAUACAAUGAUCUGAAAACGAUGGUUGAUUUCAUGUACUAUGGCGAAGUAAAUGUGUCACAAGAACAACUUCCACAUAUACUGAAAACAGCUGAAAUGCUGAAAAUCAAAGGUUUAGCUGAGAUGCCCGAUCCAGUCUCCCUUACCAAAUCGGAGAGCAAGUCAUCGGAUCAAACUGAUCCGAAUGUGCAAAACAGUGGCGUUGAGUCGAUGUGGGGCAGCAGCGAAUCACAGCAAUAUCACCAACAGACUCUGCAACAUCAAACAUCACACCAGUCUCAACAGCAGCAAUCACAAAGACGCUCUCCAACACCUGGCACAAUAUCACCCUCGGCAAAUCGACGAAAGCGGCUGCGAAAGGCCUCAACAGGUUUAGCUGGUUCUGGUUCCGCAUCCACUGAGCGCACAUCGGAAGAACAUAGCAGCAUCGAAGGUCAAGCAGAUGCCACAAAUCAACCACAUGAUGCAACGCACGAAAAUGUUGAUGCCGGAAAUCACUCACAUCACAUUCAUCAGAUCUCUUAUAUUAAGAAAUCGGAUGAAUUGUCAAAUGUGUCGCAACAACAGAUGCCCAUAGAUAUUACGAGCCCAACUACGCCAUCAGAUCAUGGAACGUCGGUUAGUUGUUCGCAAUCACAAACACCGCACGCUAGAAACUUAGUUGUACCUGGAACGAAACGUGGAAGACAACUGAUACGGCAAUCGCGAAUUAAAAAAGACAUUGAUCCAAGUCAAAUGCCCUCCUCACCCGAUGAUAUUGAUUAUGAACGGAGCUCGAGCCCAUACUCAUCACACAACCGAUUGUCGGCCGUUGCGAAAAUGGAGCGGCACGUGUCCGAGCCAUCGCCGCGAUUGUCAUCACAAUCACCGCCACCGUCAUCAUCGGCGGCAGCGGCAGCAGCGAUGCAUUUACUUACUGUACCACAUGCCCCCAUUUUAACCAAGCAACACAGUGCACCCAGUCAUUCGAUAUGUGAUACGCAAUUCUCUUAUCAUCGCCAAGAGUCGCAUUCGCAUUUUUCAUUGCAUCGGCAACUGUCGCUGCCAUCAGCACAUUCACCUCCGCCCGAUCGUUCCGAUCCAUUUACGAUUGCCGAGGAAAAGGAGCCGCUCAGUUUGUCGAGCGGCACCGGUGCCGGCGCCGGCGCCAGCGGCAGCAGCAGUAGCAGUCAUUCGUUGCGACCCAUGAUCAGCACCAGUAUAUCGAUAACCGAACCAAAAUCGGCCCAUGAUCUAAGUCCAACAUUUGUUGUUGUGUCCGAACCAACCGACCAGCCACCACCGAUGCGAGUCAGAUCUGAAGAACUGCAGCGCUCUGUUUCAUCGCCGCAGCAUUUACUGCGAGAGAUCUCAUUGGAGAAUCGCUCACAACAUUGUCCAGUUAUACGACCGGGUCCGGCAUUGGGUUGUAAUUUCUGUUGGAAUACCAUUGAUGCUCAUGGACGUAUUCUGCGGCGAAAAACGAAAUACCAUUGUCCCGAAUGUCAAACGAAUUUGUGUAUAGUGCCAUGCUUUCAGGAAUACCACGAACGACAAAAUUCAAAUGAACCAUCAACUUCCUCGUCCAAUGACACAGCGAAAAAUUUAACAACACCAUCCGGUUUGCGGCAUCAUCCCAAGUCCAGUUCGCUGUCAUAAGAAUGAUUCGCGUGAAACGAAUGAUGAUGAAUAAUCUAUAAACAACAACAUUAACAACAACAACAACAAAAACCAUGGCACAAAUGAAUUUUAUACUAGGGGGUAAGAACACAAGCGCUUGAGACGAAUCCGUACAAAUAUUUGUGAAUUCGUGUGAUUGUGUAUACGAGACAUUCGCAGCGCAGUGAGUGUACAACAACAAUAAUAAAGCCACGAACGCAUGAAUAUAUGCGAAUCUAUGUGAAUCUCACAACUUGUUCCUAGCCCCUAGAUUUUAUACCACCUCAACCCAAAAACCAAUUGGCGAAUUCAUACUUUUAUCGCAAGCAUUUGAAUUUCGCGCUUCGACUACAAAACACCGUGACAAUUCGUUUUCUUUGUCGAGUAAACGAAUCUGUGUAAUAAUAUUGCUAUGAAAUGGCAAAUUGAACAGAGUUUUACCAAUCGCCAUACCUCACCUGCCCUACACCACAACCCAACAUGACACCGUGUUCUUUAAUUCUAUAUUUAUACUAUAGAAAUAAUGGAAAACAAUCGACAUGUAACAAAUGACAAGCAUACGUAACAGUUAAUGGAUUCAUUGCAAAUGAUGUUCAAUCAAUAGUAUGUAUAGAUGGAUGUAAUACAAAUUAAAAAAAAAACCAUACAAAUCAUACACACAAGCUAUGCAAAACAUAUAGAAUCAUAUCCUUUGAAGAGAAAAUAAAAACAAACAAACAAACCAUAAAUGUAAAAUUAAAAACAAAAUUAAAUUUUACGUAACUAGCAAAAGUACAAAAUAGAACCUGAGAAUUCCCGAUAUAUUCAAUUUAAUUUGUUUUCUGUUUAUUGCGUAGAUGUGUGUAGUCUGCCCUUUGCAGAAACAGAAGAAAACAAAAUACAAAUACACAUAAAUUAUCGCAAUAAAUAUAUCUAAAUAUAACAUACACAUAUGUCUAUGGAUAAACAUGAAUAUGACCGGUGUGACAAACAAAUAGAAGAUGAAGAAAAAUGCGAUUGUGAACUUGUCGCCACGCUUAACACAGAUACAUGUUAAAGAUUUUUUAAACCAAAAGAGAAAAAUAAAUAAUUUGUCUUAUAUAGAAUCGUAGUUCAAAAGCACAAAAAUGUUUAAUGUUUUUUCUUCGAUGUGUUUUCAGCAAAUAGAAAAAUCGGUAACCGCAAUUUAUCAUAACAAUGGCUUGAAAAGCUACAAACAAAAUGGAAAUGAAAUAUAUUUGUAAACCAAGAGUCGUCACAUCGAUUUUUAUUUGUAAAUUUUAAAUAAUUUCCACAAUUUUGAACCGCAUUUAAUAUCGUCAAAGAGCUACAAAGAUGAUUUUUUACUUUCUGGAUUGCAUCACCAGUGUGUUUUUCCAAAAGAGAGAAGAGAAAAAUUGAAAUCCAAAAAAAAACAUAUGCGAUUUUACUUGGUAGAGUUGACAGGAAAAUGGUGCCAUUUAGUGAAUUAACACACAUUGAAAACGUCAAGAAAAAAAACGUAGUCUUCUGUCACUUUUAUGACAAAAUUUUACCAAAACAAACAAAAACAAUUUGCAAAAAAAAACCAAAUACCAAAACCGAAAAUUUAAAUCAACACACACACAAUGGAUAAAAAAAAUGGAAAUUAUAUAUAUAUAUAAAUAAAUUAAUGAAAACGAUGAUCAACUCUAUAUAAUGUAUCUCAGGCAUGAGAUACAUUUUUAUUUGGUCAAAUAAAUUGAUGUUGUUAUUUUUGUUGUUGUAAUAUGAGCCGACUCAUCCAAUUAAUAAUCAUCAAAGUAGAAAAGUCUUAUUGUUGAACAUGAAUCAAACUAAACAUUUAAGAUAGAAAAUACACACACACACACAGAGAGAGAGAGAGAGAAAAUACGUGGAAAAGAAGAAAUUUUUAGAGAAACGCUUGCGUUUAACAUUUUGACGACGUGGAGUAGAAGAAUAGAGUCGUUUUUUUCUCUCGUGGAUGCAAAACCAAUUUUGAUGGAAAGUAUUCCCCAGUACAACUCUCUCACAUCAAUCAAAUUGUUCUCGAACGAGUUUUCAAAAUUCAAACAACUUUAGUCAAUUGCCAUACAGCAAAUAUAUUUAAACCGAGAGAUUUUUUUCAUACCCUCUCUCUAGCCAUACCCUCUUGGAUAUCUGGUGAUUCGAUUAAUGACAUUUGUACCGUAAAUAUGUUCCUACUGGAUUUGGAGGAAACUUUUCCUUACACUCAAAUAAACUCAUAAGUGGCAUUCAUAUAAAAUGAGUUUAGCUCAAAAGAGGCAAUGACAUUGAAUUUUUUUUUAAAUAAAAGUACUGUUCAAUUGCUCGCACAUAUUAUGUCAUCAUUAGUGAAAAUUACGCCCCAGAAAUUUUCAAUUCGAGCGAAUACAUUUUGGUGUACUAGAACAUAAAUAAUAAAAAAUGAAAAUUUGACCAAUGUUGAUGUUUUGAGGCUAUCCCGAGCCGGUUGAUACAUUUGAAGAAAAAUGUGGCCGUGUGUUUGACUUGGGUCUUUUCUUAAAAUAGUGCUUGGUUUAAAUAGAAAUCUCUACAAAAAAAACAGAAUUCAAAAAAAAAAACAGGACAAAAGAAAAAUAUUUAUGACAGAUUUAUAUACACGAUUUCCACCCAUCAUUUGACUUAAAGUUAAAAAAAAAAUGACAACAAUUUAAAUUUCGUUAUUCAUUCGGUUACAGGAUUUCUAAAUUGAAAACAAAAUAAAUGAUUUGAUAUUCAAAAGAUUCAUCCGGCGAUUUCAUCAAAUUGGACAAGCAAAGAGAAAAAAAUCGAUGCUCUAAAUUCAUUCUUUUGAUUACAGACAAAAAAAAACUAUUGGAGAUUAAAAGUUUUAAAAUUCCGCAGAGAAAAAAAUUAAUUCUUAUGAAAAAUAUUGUUAAAAAAUAUUUUGUUCAUUAAGAAAAAAGAAAAUGGAAUUACUCGACGAAAGUUUAUUUUUCUAAAACGCAAAGUGAUUGUACUGCAUUGGACGAACCACCAUUUUUCUAAUGCAUUCAAAUCAAGAAUAAAUUGAAAUGAUGCAACAAAAAAAAUGAUAUUUGAAGAAAACAAACCAA